UUCAUGGAGAGGAAUUAUCCCGCUGCAGGCUUCGGAGAUCUCGGGUCUGGGACGGGAUGGAGUUACGACAGAUCAGCCAAAGCAAGCCUCGUGUAUGGGAGCUCCAGGUCAUCCCACCCAGACUCAGAGCUUCUACACCGGCAAGGCUAUGGCACCCCUCACCCCCUCCAGGGCUAUGCAACCAACCACCACCCAGGAAGCUCCAGACAGGGCGCGGCCUGGGGUGCUGCUGGACGCACACUUGGCCUGUCGGGGUUGUUUGAUGCCAGCCUGCACCACGCCAGCCCCUCAGGUCCUGAUCCGUCCGUCAUGAAUCUGAUAUCAGCCCUGGAGUCCCGGGGUCCACAGCCCCCACCCUCUGCAUCCUCCCUCCUCUCUCAGUUUCGCACUCCCUCUUGGCAGACUGCAAUGCAUACACCAGCCCCAGCGGAGCUCUUUAUUUCAGGGGCACUUCCAGGUUCCAGCUCCUUCCCUUCCUCCUCAGCCCUUUCUGCAUACCAGCAUCCUGGCUCCUUCUCUGGACGAUCUUUCACCCCCUCACUAUCCCUGCAGGACACGCCUACAUUUAGCCCAACUUCCAACGGUUUGCUGUCCCCCCAUGAUCCCCUGCUGCACAUCAAAACACCCUCCCAGUCCAGCUUGGGAUUUGAUCGCUUGUUGUCUUCCCAGAGCACCACCUACCGGGGCUCUCAGGAGCUCCCAGCCCCUCCUCAAUCCCAAGUCCCUCCGACCUCCUCCAGUUGCCACCUGCCCCCUCCCCAGUUCAACCUGUUGUCCUCCCAACUUCACAACCAGUCCUCUCAGCUCUAUAACGCCUCCAUGUUCUCUUCCACGCCAGCACUGUUGCCCACGGCCCCCCCUCAGUCCCAGCCUCCUCAGGAGAGGACGGUAUCCCGGCAGGACAGCGUGAUCAAGCAUUACCAACGCUCGUCCCCAGCCCAGUCUGCAACACUCCCCCUACAGCAGUAUGCCAGCUGUGGUGGGUCAUCGGGAUACCAGCAAAUACCAAGUCACCACCGGCAUGCUGGACUGUCCUGCAGUCCCCUGGGGGAGCAGAGCCCAUCCUCAGACCCCAAACCAUCACCACGGACAGAAUCCCAGAUAUAUCGACCUAUCAUUCAAACUCCCUACACUUCCUCCUCCUCCAGCUCCUCUGCCUCCUCCUCAUCUGCCACUAAAGGAGCCAAAAGUUCCAGCUCCAGCAGUGGCUACUCCUCUUCAGGCUCAGUAUCAUCCUCUUCCCGUACCCCACACACUCCUCCAUCGGCGUCCUCCACUUCCUCCUCAUCCUCUUCUAGCUCCAAGACUAGUACCGGCCCCUUGUCUGCCCCAUCUCGUCAGCAACCCCCGCCUCAGUCAGCACCGGCACCACCUCCUCUGCCAGUGGUGUCAUCCACACCUGUUCAACAACCAGCACCCAAACAAUGCCUCUCCACCUAUGGCUCUCCAUCUGUGGCUAAACCCAGCACAGACCUACAAGGCCAGACACCUCCCCAACAACAUGCCCAGUCCUACUCUCCCAACCAGCCUCCAUCUACACACAUGACCCAGUCUUAUGGGGGCUUCAACUCACCUCAUGCCCAGGACUUGAGCUCUGGAGCAGGGGGCAGUGGAGGAAAGGCUUUCACUGGUUUAGGUGCAGGAGGACGCUCAUUCUCUGCAGAGAUAGUCUUUGGGGACUCAAGUUAUGGCUCAGCUACUCUAAGAAGAACAGACAGUCCUUCCUUAGGGUAUGGGGGUGCUGGAGGAUCAGCAGGAAGUGGACCUGCAGGAUCAGGAAGUGGUGCUGCUGGGGUUAGUAAUGCUAGCAGCAGCUCUUACCACUUGAAUGAAUCUUGUCCUUCACCCUCCAUCAAUUCUGCUAUCAGCCGACCUGGUCUGCAUUCUCCCGCUUCUGCUCGCCCUGCACAGUCUCCUGGAGGCUCAGGGGCCAACAAAUACUUAUCCUCCAUCCUCUCCCCCGCGUUUAUGUCCUCACCGCAAGGUUUCCCUGAUACACGGCAAGGGCAGAGUCAAUCUUACCACUCAACACCACCCAAACCAAAAACAGAGAGCAACAUGCUAGGAGUUGAGCGCUCCCAAGAUGAGGAAGAGGAUGAUGAUGAUUUCCUCAUUCACCACUUACUACAGGCCCAGAGCUCAACUCCCCAUCCUUCUCAGCAUCAUCCACCUCCUCAGCAACUACCCCAACUGCUCCCACAGGCUAGGGAUGGGGAAGGCAAGGGGGUGACCUAUGACAUUGACAAGAUAUCAGAAGAGCGGUACCACCUUCAGAGUGUCAUUCGUGCCAAUAACACCACCAGCAGUUCAGAUCCUGGAACGGCAAUUGGUGACACAAACAGUGGGUUGAAUAGUCAGUUAGACAUAUCACAGAAGAAACAGCAGCCACCCAAAUCAGAGUUGGCCAUAACAAAGUCCACUGCUGGAGGGGUAGGAGGGGUCACUGACUCUCUUUCCCACUCCCACACUACCCACUCCCAUCAACAGCAACAUGACUCCCUGGGUUCUGUGGUUCAUUAUGGAAGGGGGGACCCCUACACACAGCACCCACACUCCCAACAUGCCCAUCACAUCUCACAUGUGUCCUCACAUCCUCAACAACACUCUCAGCACUCCCAGCUCUCCCAGCACUCUCGACACACACAGCACCCACAACAUUCCCAGCAUAACCAUCCCCAUUCCCACCCACACAGCCACCCUCACAUGGAGCUGAAGAAGUCGUCAGAUGGUACAGACAAUGCCUACUUGUGUAACACGCCAGAUGUGCAGCAGGCUCGACAAAGCCAGGUCCCCCUCUCUCUGAUGGAUUCACCACCAGACCCUCCCCAGCAAUCUCACAUGCUGCAGUCUGUCCUUUCCCAUACCACCCGUACUAAGAUGGACCCCCAGCAAGCCUCGCAACAGCAACAGCAGCAUCCUUUGAGCCAGCAGGCCAUCAUGGGUUCUGCUGGAGGAGCAGGCCCCACUGGGGUGGAAUCCCACCCACAGAACCAGUCUUCGCAGUUGCAACUCCAGCUCCAGACUCAGAGUAUGGACACCCACUACAGCCUUGGAGGGCAGCCAAGAGAUCAAACCCAAGCCAGUCAGAACUCAGUGUCUCCCCUAGACAUGCUAGACCAAUCCCUUUCCCAGACGAAUAGCAGAGACAGUGGAGGAGCUGGUAGGACUGCAGUUGGGAUUGGUGUUACAGGAGGAGAUGGAGGCGUUGGAGACAGACAUAGACAGCAGCACAGACUUACACCCCACCACCACCCCCAACAAACAGCCUCAGAUCUUCACGAUUUCCUCUCCGAACCAGAUUUGGGCUUGUCCACAUCCUCGCACUUGCACCACCUCAACCAGGCUCAGGCCCAUGCCCACCACCAACAGCAAGCACACACUCACCAUCAGCUGUCACACUCUCAGUUAGCUCACCCACACUCCCACAGGAUGGCAGCAAAUAUGGGAACACCCCAACAACAGCCACAGCCCCAACCGAGAGAGCCUGAAAACCAGAUGUCACACUCCCAGUUAGACCAGCUCAAGCAGCACCAGUAUGACACAGUGAGCCCACCAGGUAAAACCGGACCGACUCAAAAUCAGCAACAGGAACAACAGCAGCGGUUUGCCUCACUAACAUCGAUCUGCUUUCCAGACUCUCUCUUAAACGAUGAAGACCGCUCGUUCUUUCCUGGGAUGGAGGACAUGUUUUGUUCUGCUGAUUACAAGUCAAGCUGUGCUGGGGAUUCUGGGGCAGGACAGGCUGGUCAAGAAAGCAUUACCCAGGGUCCUGGGCAAGGGCAGGAGGGCAUGGAGGCCUUAAAAGCAGCAGGUGCUGGGGAUCGCUAUGAUAUGGUCGGUCAUCACAGUGAUCAAGGGUAUGGACAGUAUUGCCAUAGCCUUCCAGGAACAGGAAAUGGCAAUCUGCACUUAGACCUUGACUCUAUGAAGACCCACGAGCUUCCCUCCACUGUGAAUACUGACCAGCUUGGCCUCAUCCAGUCCCAGACUCCCACUAUGGGAUUGGGUUCAGGAGUUCAAGGGGAUGGUUCGAUCAACAAGAUGAUGGGAGCUGUGGGAGUAGGUGGAAGUUCAAACCCUGCUGGUCUGACCUCACCUAUCUUCUGUUCCUCGCGACCCAAGAAGCUGCUGAAGACCAGCUCAUUUCACCUGCUUAAACAGCGGCGAGAGCCACAACCUCAAACAAAGAAAAACUAUGCGCAGGAGUAUGAAUUUGAGGAUGAUGAGGAUAAAGCUGAUGCUCCGGCUGAUAUUCGCCUCAAUAGUCGACGCCUUCCUGACUUGCUCCCUGACUUGGUGUCUAGUUGUAGGAAGGCUGGUGGGGCAUCAGGAGUAAGUGGACUUAGUCCACUGAUGGGUGAAAUGGACUUCUGCCACCCCUCCAACUUCACUUCUCUUGGACACCCUCAACAACUCGUCCCCCAGGAAGGCCCUAAGAAAAGAGGCAGGAAACCAACUAAACCAAAACGUGAAGGCCCUCCUCGCCCACGAGGUAGACCACGAAUACGUCCUCUUCCAGAGCCUCCUUACUGCAGGGGGCUGAUGGGAUCAGUGCCUGGAGAAAGUAAGAGAGGUCGUGGGCGGGGUAGAGGCCGAGGCAGGAAGGAAGAAGGACUCGUGGAUAUGCAUCGUGAUAUGAACAAAGCACAAAGCGUCCCAUAUCAGCAGCAGCAGCAGCAGCAGCAGCAGCAGCAGCAGCAGCAUCUUCCACAGCAACACUUCAGCCAACAGCAGCACCUCCAGCAUCAUCCACACCAACAUCACAGACAACAACCAGAUCACCACCAAGCACCACUGCAACAACAGCACCACCUGCAUCAUCAGCAGCAGCAUGUGCCCUGUUCUCACCAACCGCAUCACCAACAGCAACAACAUCAUCAUCAACAACAUCAACAGCAGCCGUCCCAGCAGCCACAACAAGAGUCAAUCAGACCUAUCAAGAUCAAACUGCCCAUCCCCACCAUGCCUCCAUCAGAAUCCUUGUUGAGGACAGACUCACUGUCCAGCACUGAGCCGGUCCUGUCUGAUGGAUCGGUGGGGUCAGCACCAUCUCUGGGCCCGAGUCCUGGACCCAGCACCACCAUGGACAUCAGCAGAAAUGAGCUGAACCAGACGCAAGACAAGAUGAUGAAGCAGCAGCAGCAGAAAGCUGGAGAGAUGACGUGGAAGAAAGAAAUUGACGAUCCACUGAAUCCUGAAGCCUGGGCUGCUAUGCAGAAACUCUCCAGUUCAGCUGAUGAGAAAGCUUUUGACUUCAAACCUGGCUUCAUGGCCUCUUUUUUGGACUUCCUGAAGACAGGAAAGAAACAGACAGGCCUUGAAGCAGGACACGACGGAGGUGAGGAAGAAGCCCUGAAUCCCUGCUCCUCUCUGAAGGGAGGGAUCAGACCCCUAUCCCCACCUCCUCCCUUAACAUCAACCCCUCCACAGCAGGCUCCAGGGACCUUCAGUGAGGAAGGGGAGGGUGAGGGGGCAGAUCUGGCUCUCAGCAAUUGCCCAAGUCCCUGCAAGCCUCUGGAUGAGGAGCUGAAAAGGAACCUUGAGACGCUGCCCUCCUUCUCCUCUGAUGAGGAGGACUCAGUCAGUAAAAACCAGGACCUGCAGAAGAGCAUCUCAUCUGCCAUCUCCGCCCUCUACGACACCCCGCACUCGCUGGCUGCUGCCAUGGCCUCUGCUAUGGUCAAGGGCCCAUCCAGUCUGUCCCCACCUACCCCACAGGAGCCGCCACUAAGCCCCCCUCUUCCUGCCAUGCCUCCCCUCAUCCCCUCCACCAGUAUGGAGCCUGGAAAGGAGGAGGCACUCACAUACACUCAGCAUCACCAUCACACACAGGACGAGGAAGAACAGAAUCAAGAAGAAGUAGAAGAGAGAGAGGUUGAGCAAAGAGGAGAACAUGAAGAGGAAGAGGAGGGAGGAGUGGAGACUGCAGACAAUGAAGAAAUGAUGAGAAAUGCAGAGAAUCUGCAGCAUGAAGGCCUGGAGGAGCAGGAGGAGGCAGAAGAGGACCUACCUCCACCCUAUGUUUCAGAUUCUCCAUCAGGAACUGUGCUUGCUCCUGCACCUCCAUCCCCUUCACCGUCCAUCUCUCCCUCACCCCCCACCUACUCCUCACCCUCACCCCUCCCUCCCCUGUGUCUCUCUGAGCCCUCCCCUCUGCCAAUCCAGCAGGAAGAGGAAGAGGCCAAUCCAACAUAUCCUCCUCCUCCUGAGCAGCAGCAGCAGCAGCAGCAGGCUUCCUACCAACUAGCUCCACCCGCAGGCACCUCCCCACCCCCCUCCACCUCCCCUCCGGCCAUCCCCUCCUCACCCCUCUCCAAUCUUCCCAUGGCUCAGUCCAUACCCCCUCCGUCCACCACACCGCCGCCAUCAUCUUCCGAUCAGGACCAGGAACCUGAAGCCGGGCAGCCGUCCCCCUCCUCAUCCUCCUCUUCCUCGCCCUCUUCAUCGUCGUCUCCACCUCCAUCCCCUCCAACCCCGGAGGAGGCCCCAGCACCCCAGCGUCUUACCUCCCUGCACCUGGCGAAGAAGCAGGCUGACGCCGCCAUCGCUGGUGAGAGUGAGGAGGAGGACAGUGAGAGCGGAGGUGAAGGAAUCUUUCGGGAGAGGGAUGAGUUUGUGGUUCGAACUGAGGACAUCGGUACUCUAAAGAUGGCCUUACAGACAGGCAGGGAGCCCCCACCUAUCUGGAGGGUGCAGAAAGCCUUGCUCCAGAAAUUCAGUCCAGAGAUCAAAGAUGGUCAAAGACAGUUCUGUGCAACCAGUAAUUAUCUUGGUUACUUCGGUGAUGCUAAGAUGCGUUACCAGCGUUUGUAUGUGAAGUUCUUGGAGAACGUCAACAAGAAAGAUUAUGUCAGAGUGUGUUCCAGAAAGCCGUGGCACAGAGCCGGUCUGUCCCUGAGGCGGCAGUCUCUACCUAAACAGCUGCCCACCAUCCACAAUCAAACCCCACCUCGAGUGGAGAGAGACGACAGAGACAAGGAGAGACAGAAAGAGAGAGAGCUGAAGGAGCAGAGAGAGAGAGAGAAAGAACAAAGAGAUAGAGAACACAGGGACAAAGUUGAAAAGGAGCAUAAGGAGAGAGAGAGGAGAGAGAAAGAGGAGAGAGAGCAAAAAGAGAAGGAUAAACAGGAGAGGGAGCAAAAAGAGAAGGAGAAACAGGAGAGGGAGCAAAAAGAAAGGGAGAGGAGAGAGAAAGAGAAGACGGAGAGGGAAAAAGAGGACAGAGAGCAAAGGGAGAGGGAGCAAAGGGAGAAACAGGAGAGGGAGAGGGAGCAAAAGGAGAGGGAGAGGAAAGAGAGGGAGCAAAAAGAGAGGGAGAAACAGGAGAGGGAGCGGAAAGAGAGAGAAAAACAGGAGAGAGCCCGGAAAGAAAAGGAAAAGAAGGAGAGGGAGCAAUGUGAAAGGGAGAGACAGGAGAGAGAACAAAAAGAGAAUGAGAAACAAGAGAGGGAGCGACGAGAAAAAGAGAGGGAAAAGAGAGAAAAGGAGAGGAGAGAAAAGGAGAAGGAGGAACGAGAGAGGAGAGUCGGAGUGGUGGAGUGUGUGAGGUUGAAGGAUGAGAAGAGAGGAGGAGAGAAGAUGCAGCGUCAGUCUAAAGCCAAGACUUCACAGGACAAAGCUGAGCCUCCUCCUAAGAAGAGGAAGAAAUGGCUGAAGGAAGUACCAUCCUCUUCCUCUGAGUCUGACUCCUCUCCACCCAGUGAUGACGAAGGGCCUGUGCGUGGUGGAGUUAACAGCCGAGCCAUGAGGGAGAUGUUCAGGAGCUACGUGGAAAUGUUGGUCAGCACAGCACUCGACCCUGAUAUGAUCCAAGCGCUGGAAGACACUGAUGAUGAGUUGUACCUCCCACCUAUGAGGAAGAUUGAUAGCCUGCUCAGUGAACAGAAGAAGAGGUUGUUGAGGAGGAUCAACAUGAGUGCUCAGCACCAGGAGGCUUUACACAUAUUCCCCAAAAUGACAGCAGACCCGCUGGAAACUGGAGCUGUCAAAAUACACCUUGGUGGGGAAGGUUACAACCGCAAAACUCUGAACCGGGUUAAGCGGAGUAUUCCUAAGCAACAGGAUCUGAAGCUCUCUAUUGAAACUUGUCGGAUCUACAGUCUGUAUCAUUCCCUUCACCACUACAAGUAUCACACCUUCCUGCAUUGCAAGAAGGAGACGGACAGUAUUGAGCAGGCGGCGGAGGACCCUGGCCAGGAGGAGGUGGUGCAACAGUGCAUGGCCAACCAAGGCUGGCUGGAAAGCCUCUUUAACUCCUUUAUGGAGCUACUUAGCCUCAGUGCCAAGGCUUGA